AUGAACUUGUCUACAGUGCGCGAGUGCAGUGAGGCAGCCGUGGAGGGUGCCACCGUCUUUAAUGAGCAGAGGUGUCUCUCCAGAGGGCACGGGCACCAUUGUCGUCAGAGGGCCCAGUGGCAGACACAGCCCGGUGACGGCGAUUUAGGGCGAUUAAAGCACUGGAAUGACCGUAGAAACAUCCUCCCUACCAAGAAGCAGGGACAGCGACUGCGGCGUCUGGGCGGCUUGGACGAGACGGGAUGGGAUGCCCACCGGACGCCGCUGGGAACCCAGCAGAAGCCAGAGGAUCAGAGCACGUGGGCCGCCACACAGAACAAUGAUAGCGGCUCCGGCGGGGUUUCCCUGAGGCUGUUGCAUGGACAUGUGUACUGCGGCGUGGAGACUUUGGGGAAGGAGCUCUUCCUGUACUUUGGGCCGAAAGCUUUACGGAUCCAUUUUGGAAUGAAAGGCUACGUCAGGAUUAAUCCACUUGAGAAUAAAAAUAAAAACGGAAUUUCUCCUGUGUUGGAAGUACAACUCAGCAAGGAUUUGAUUUGUUUCUUUGACUCAUCGGUAGAACUCAGAGACUCAGCGGAAAGCCAACAGAGGAUAAGAAUGAUGGAAGAAUUGGAUGUGUGUUCACCUAAAUUUAAUUUCUCACGAGCCGAAAGGGAAGUGCGCAAGCAGCAGGGACGGAUGCUCUGUGACGUGUUACUGGAUCAGCGAGUGCUGCCUGGGGUCGGCAACAUCAUCAAAAACGAAGCUCUCUUUGACAGUGGCCUCCACCCAGCGGUUAGAGUUUGUCAGUUAACAGAGGAGCAGAUCCAACACCUAGUGAAAAUGACACGUGACUUCAGCCUUCUUUUCUACAGGUGCCGUAAAGCAGGACUUGCUGUCUCCAAACACUAUAAGGUUUACGGGCGUCCUCACUGCGGUCGGUGCCGCAGCAGAAUAACGGUGUGUCGCUUGGGAGAGAACAGCAGAAUGACAUACUUCUGUCCUCGCUGCCAGAGCGAAGAUGCUCGCCAUGCCGACAGAGGCAGGCCACCCUCGAGAAACACUGCCGUCGGCCCAACGCCCCAUCGGGACCAUCUUGGGGACCACGUGGCCAGGAAGUGGGAAGAGGCCUGGGCGUGUGGGGUCUGCACCCUGAUAAACAUGCCUUCUGCCCAGGCCUGCGACGCUUGCCUGGCGCCCAGGCCUGCGGAUUCCAGGCUCAAGAGUGAGGAAAACUCCGCUGCCUUGGGCGACGUGGUGAGGUACCCCUGCAACGGCUUUGGGAAGCCCCGCUCAGAAGUGAAGAUCAACAGGAAAACUGCCUUUGGAACGACAACUCUGGUCUUGACCGAUUUCAGCAAUAAAUCCAGGCCACCGGGAAGAAAGAACGGCCCACAGGGCGUUCUAGACGGGGAAUUUCGAAGCCCUCUUCCCACUAACGUCUGUCUCAGUGACACGCCUCGCCCCUCUGAGGAGAGAGCCAACAGUGCAGCUCAACCACCCAACACCACAAGCCUAUCGCCCGCCGUCUCCAGAUUACGGAGUCCCGCCUGCAAAAGACAGAAAACGGCCCACUGCUCAUCGCCAGGCUCCGGAGGUCGCAGCCCUGGGCUAUCUAACAGGGAACCUCAGAUGGACACGACGGAUGGUGCUUGUGCGCCCCUGGCUCCCGUCCCUCGCUGCAGUCAGCACCACCGCCUCUGUGUCCUCCGGGUCGUAAGCAAGGGCGGCGAGAACAAGGGCAGGCCCUUCUACACGUGUCCCCUUCCCAGGGAAGCGCAGUGCGGGUUUUUCAAAUGGGCAGACCUCUCCUUCCCGUUCUGCAACCACGGCAAACGCUCCAUCCUGAGAACAGUGUUGAAGAUGGGUCCUAACAACGGGAAGAAGUUUUUCGUGUGUCCUCUUGGUAAAGAAACACAGUGCAGUUUCUUCCAGUGGGCAGCACCGGGCCGGGAGUGAACACUACAGGGAGCUAGCAUUUCUCCUUCGGCAGAACAUCUGGCAGCUUGUCUCUCCAAACCACGCCUGUUCAGUCCCUCCCCUGGAGCUUAUCAGAAAGGUUGUAGACUGUCUAUGGCGCAUGGUAAAGCCAUGCGAUAUUUGAAAACUGUUCAUUUUUGUGUGUGUUUCAUCUUUCCAUUCUAUGGCUGUAUUUUUUUUUUAACCUUGAUGAAUGCUAUUUGAGUUCCAUCAGAUGCGCAGUGUAUUACACUUACUAUGUAU